AUGGUACAACCAGCACCCCCGACUGCAGGAAACCCCAGACGAGCAGCUCGCAUUCCUAUGAACGAUAAGCUAGACGCAAUCUGCAGUCUGAUAGAGAACCUUAACUUAACACCAAAGCAGUUUUUUGUUGCUUUCCUUGAGCAAAACCACGAGAAUAUGGCCUUCAGACGUCGCUACUGGGGUACCGAGACAGGAUGGGACUCAACAGAAAAGUUGGUUUUGGCCAUAAGACGACUGGUGUGCUCCCACAUUGAUGGCCGGGCCCUCUGGGAAGAUUUGAUGUUAUCAGAGGCUAUCAAGAUUGUCUCCUCUCAAAAACCUCGAAGUGGUCUGGCCCCAGAAGGUGCUUAUCAUAGCUCUUCAACUGUAUCAGAGAGCUUUUUCUCCAUGGACGAACUGGCCUCUCGAAAUGCGGCACUUGUUGGGCAGAUGCCGUUCCUCUACCGGUUGCUUUGUGCAAAAAUGCAAGGGCCACAGUUUGACGCAGAUUCUACAUCUGCAGGCGAUGCGCAGGCCGAUCUGGAAGAGGACGUGACGGAGGAGGAUAACGAAGGGGAUUUGUUGGAGGAGACCGAGGCUUUCGACGGUUUUGGGUUCAGAACAAUCCGUGACCCUGCAACUAGGAAAGCUAACCGGGUUCACACAAUGGCUCGGACAAUCUGUGCUAUGGUCGCAUUUGGGAGCAACCGUCGACAUAACGGUUUUCAACUCAGUAAUUCCCUGAUAUUUCUGGCUGCUGGCGUGACAGAGAGAGUCAGUAGCUACCUCAACUAUAUUGGUGUCAGCUCUUCUCGAAGGACGGCCCAUGCGGCACUGGAGACCCUUGGCGAGGAGUCCAAACUGAAAUUUCAAGAUAGGUAUAAGUUGGAUAAAUCACAAUUGAUUGCCCCUUUGCUAUGUUACGAUAACCUUGAUUUCCAAGAAAAGGUGCACAUGAAAUCAAUUGGGCAUACCAGCCAAAUGUUUCAUGGCACCUGGGGGUACAUCCAUUCUAUCCCCCCCAGCCUUUUGUCAAAACUUGACCCUCAGGAUCUAACAAAGGAAGCAUUGAAGGAAGCAUUGCACAGGGGCACCAAACUGACAAUACGGCCAGAGAUGUUCACUCCGACCAUGGACAGCACGGAUCACUGGCAAAAGACCCAGAAGGCCCAGAUCACCCAAGUUAUUCUCCAGUACAUUGCCACUCCGGUUGACAGUCGUGUCCCCCUGCAAAAGACUCCACCUGAAGUCCAUCCGAUCAAACCCGAGCCCCCUAACAUUGCAAUGCUUAAACUGAUGAUUGCAUCCGACAACUCGGCGCAGGGAGUGGGAGAUGUUUUCACCGGUAUCAUUCAGCAAAGCGGGUUAACUGCCGAAGAGUUUCAUUCCCGCCUUCAAAUCAUGGAAGGAGAUCUUGGCUCCUGUAAUAUCUUUGAGAGUCUCAGGAAUCAGCGUUGCCCAGCGACCGGCGAUCAUAACAGCCUCGACAAUGUCCUUCCGAUACCCGGGGCAGCACACACGUUGUGGAACAUCUCCCAGGCAAUCUAUGUCACACAUUGGGGAAAUGAGAAGCUUGCACGAGAUACCGGAGCCUGGCGGGUGCUCCAUGCCCUUGGGAUACAGGCGAUUAAGCCAACCACCAAGAAGGACUUUAACCUGAUGUUAUGCCAUGUGGAGAAAAUUCAUGAGGCAACAUUACUUUUUUGUGUCCUGCUGGUUGCUAACCGCGUUCAUGAGUCUUUAUCAGAUGACCUGCUGCAUGUGUCAACCGAGACAAUUGAACAUUGGGUUGACCUCACUUAUGAGAGAUUCUGUUCACGAGAAGCUUUCCAGACUGACCUUGCAAAGUCCUCCCCGGCACACAUGAAUCUGUUGUUGCGAAUCCGUGAUUUUGGGACAAUCAUUGAGGCCAAUCGAGCUAUGAAAGCAGGGGAUUAUGGCCGACUGAUGUACAUGUGGGAACGAUGGGCAAUCAUGACCCAAGGCCUUGGGAAAAUGCCACAUUACUCUAAACAUCUACCAAGGCUCAUUGUCCAGCUAAAAUAUGUCCUGCCCCAUUCUCUUUCACAGGUGGUAUAUAACACAAUCUUAAUCUCGCCCAAUGGCAAACUAGGCCACUUUGUAGCCACGGACCAGUACCUUGAGGUGUUGAACUACUGGUUGAAAUACUUUUUCAACCAUUCAGGCAUUGGUACUAAUAUUGACCGGUUGAAAGAUGUAUUCUCCAACUCUAUUGGCAUUUUGAUCAAGAUUGAAUCGGGUGCAGAAGUGAUACAUCAAUCCCACAAGAACCGCAUGACAACUGACUCGCUAAAUAACUUCCGACGUAUGGCAGACAGUGUGGGAAUGGGUCUGGCUCCCACCUGGAGGGGAAGCCCCCGAGCCAAUACCCGACUGCUACGUAAAUGGGAUGAUCAAGCUGCAGCAAGAAUUCAUCAAUAG